UACCUAAAAUCUCAUUUGAUUUAAUUUUUUUCGUUCGAUUUUUUUUUCUACCUCAUCCUUAUCAUCAUCCCCUUUUAUCAUCAUUGAUUUGUUAUCGUCUCACCUUCCUUAUCUUCCUCUUUAUCAUCGUCAUCUUCCGUUAUCCGUGUUAACCUUUUUGAUAAACUUUUCUUCAUCUUCAAUGUAACUUUCACCUUCGUUUAUUUUUUGUUUUAAAUUUCAAUUUUCAUUUAAUUUUUUUUUCUUCUGUUUUUACUUACAUUAAAUUGUGAUGACUGGAUUAACUGUAAUCAAAUAUCAUCCUGUUAUCAUCAUUAUCCUUUAAGUGUCCUUUGACUUGAGACUUGUUAUCAUCCUCAUCACUUUUCAUCUUCCAUCAUCUUUUAUUUUUCCCCAUUGACUUUGUUAUUUUGUCUCGAUUUUUAUUUUCUCUUGUUAAUUUGAUUACUCUCAUCAUCAUCAACACCUCAUCCACCACUUGUUGAUUAUCAUCAUCUUCCUCAUCCUAUUGUUUUUACCUAACCUCAGAUGAUAAAUAUCAUCACCUAAUCAUCAUCUUCAUCCUCAUCCUCAUCACCCUGGCAAGUUUACAAUUAUAAUUUUCAACCUCAUUACUUAAUCAGUAAAACAAAAAACUUAAAACCAAAUUAAACUUUAAACGGUUUCUCAUUAUUUAUGAAACCAAAUUAGUUAAAUCAUUAUCUUAAUCAGUUCAUCAACCAUAGUGCCUUAAUCAUAACAAUUUAAUUUAAACCAAAUCAAUCAAUAAGAAAACAAGAAAAGUUCCAACAAUCAAAUGAUAUUGAAAUGAUCAACUCAAUGAUGAUAACAACAAUUGUCAUUCUUGGAUUAACAAGCUUAAUCGCUGUUGACCAGAUUGAUGGAGCUCAAAUAAUAUCAUUCAAUGUGACAUCUCCCGUUGAAAAUGGCACUUCGUCCGUAAUCUUGGAUUGUAAUUUCAUUUUUGACCCAUCGGAGGAAAAUCUUGUCAUGAAAUGGUACUUUAAUGAUAAUCCGAGGCCAGUUUAUCAAUGGAUUAUCGCGUUGAAGAAGCGGUCAUAUUCAGAGGAGAUUCGUCGACACAUUGACCCUGAUUUCACAAUUAACAAUCAACAAACUGACCAUCGGGCAAUCAGGUUAAUUAAACCAACAACUAAACUAUCGGGUACCUACAAAUGUAUUGUAUCAUCAAUACAAAACACAGAUUCAGCCAGUGCAAAGUUAAUUGUUUAUGCUCCUGCUAAAUCAUUUAAUUUCAAAGCUCACAAUGAAUCAACUGUCCUUUGUAAAGCAACUGGACUUUAUCCUAGUCCAGUGAUUGACCUUUACCGUUUAGUUGAUACAACAAACAGUAAUAAUAAUCAUCAUCAUGAUGUAAUCAAUCAACCAGGAUCAACAAUGAAUGAUGAUCAUGUUAAUCAUCACUCAUCAUCAUCGAUGACCAAUAAAAUGUUGACCAAUAGUAACCAUAGUAAUCGUGUUAAAAUAACCUCUGAAGGUUACACUGUAACUACAGGUGAAGCAGGUAAAUUUAGUAUUGAAUCAAUUGGUUCAAUUGGAGGGUCAUCAUCAACUGACCAUCACAUGUUACCUGAUGAACAAGGAAAUAAUGAUGUCAAUUAUGAGUCAGGAUCGAUUAGUUAUCAAUGUGUAAUCUCAAUUCCAGACACAAACUACAGUCUAACAAAAACGUUAACACUGACCAAAGGAUGGAAUCAGCAACAAUCAAGGAUUACUGGUAAAUCAUUAGCUUCGUGUAUCAACAAUCAAAGUAAUACAAUUAUAUUCACACUUAUAUCAAUUUCGUUGUGUUUACUUUUAAUCAACAAUUAAAACUUUGGAAUCAUCGAGUUAUUGUGAUCAACAAUUAACUAAAUUGUUUUCCCGUUUGAAAAACAACAAGAUCAAUCAAAUUGAGUUGUUUAAUUGUUAAAUUUAAUUAAAACAACGAAAAAAGAAAAGCAAAAGCCAAAGAAAACAAUCAAUACGAAAUUAGUUGAUUAACUUGGAGUUAAUAACAAUUAAUAAAUCAAAUCAAAUCAAUUUUCUGAUUGGACUGAUUAUCAACUAAACAAUCAACUUUUGUGAUCACCUUAAUUGUGCUGCCUAUUAAUUAAGUCCAAUGUUGAUCAAGAACCGAAACGAACUAAUAACAAAAUUAUCCUUUAAUUGUUCAAGACUAAAUCAUCUGAUGGUCAACCCAAACAACGACAACAAUUAAACAAUGUUAAUAAAAAAUAUUCACUCUAUUGUAAUAAUAUCUUAAUUGUAACAAUUUGCUAAUUAUCAAGAAAACAAAAAAAAACAUCAACGAUAAUAAUAGUUACCAUUAAUUUUACACUUUUAAAUAACUAAAUCAAUUGAUUAAAAUAUAAUUAAAUUUUCAAUCCCUUUCCAAUUACCCAAGAAAAAGCUUAAAAAUUUUAAUUGUUUACUAAUUAUUAUAAAUAAUUGUGAUCUCAAUAAUUAAUAAAUUGUUUGAACAACAAA